CCUGCCCGUGGGCCCUCUCAGCCUUCCCAGGAGGCACCGGGGUCAGUGCUGGGUCUUGUCACAUCAGUCCAGCUUGGGCUGCAAGACAGAAUCCCGUGACUAGCCAUGGGCUCCAUGUGGGCAACCUGCUAGUCAGUGCCAAUAAUGCUCUGAUAGGCAGGAAGUCCCCAAGAAAUCCUGCCAGAAACUCUGGGGCCCCACUCAGUUUCCCCUUCUGACCUUCUCCACCAACCCCACAAACAGAACCUUCAUCAAAGCACUCGAAACAAUGAAGCACCAGCUGCUGGACUGCCCCAUCCCAUUUUGGACAGAAAUAGACUAUUCAGCAAGGCCAUUUCUCCCCUGAAUAAAAUGGAGGUGAUGAAGGUGUCAGAUGGCAGCCUCCUGGGGGACCCUGGGCGCACCCCACUCAGCAAGAAGGAGGGCGUCAAGUGGCAGAGGCCACGGCUCACCCGCCAAGCCCUGAUGCGGUGCUGCCUGGUCAAGUGGAUCCUGUCUAGUGCUGCCCCCCAGGGAUCAGACAGCAGCGACAGUGAGCUGGAGCUGUCCACAGUACGUCACCAACCGGAGGGGCUGGACCAACUGCAGGCACAGACCAAAUUCACCAAAAAGGAGCUGCAGUCCCUCUACAGGGGCUUCAAGAACGAGUGUCCCACAGGCCUGGUGGAUGAAGACACCUUCAAACUCAUUUACUCACAGUUCUUCCCUCAGGGAGAUGCCACCACCUACGCCCACUUCCUCUUCAAUGCCUUCGACGCUGAUGGGAAUGGGGCCAUCCACUUUGAGGACUUUGUGGUUGGCCUCUCUAUCCUCCUGCGGGGAACAGUCCACGAGAAGCUUAAGUGGGCCUUUAACCUCUACGACAUUAACAAGGAUGGUUACAUCACCAAAGAGGAGAUGCUGGCCAUCAUGAAGUCUAUCUACGACAUGAUGGGCCGCCACACCUACCCCAUCCUGCGGGAGGACGCACCUCUGGAGCAUGUGGAGAGGUUCUUCCAGAAAAUGGACCGAAAUCAGGACGGGGUGGUGACCAUUGACGAGUUCCUGGAGACCUGUCAGAAGGAUGAGAACAUCAUGAGCUCCAUGCAGCUGUUCGAGAAUGUCAUCUAGGACAUGUGGGGCAUCUCUAAGUGGCAUUGCGGCCUCUGCCCCCAAAGAAACCUCAGUCCUGCCGGGAGUAGCCUCCAUGAGAGACUUUUUUCUAAUAUAUUUGCAAAAAGUGAACAGUUUGCUCCAGACACGCGUGUGCACAUGUACGCGUGUAUACACACACACACGCACACACACACACACACACACCAUUCCUCUGGGCUGGCAGAGGAGGAGCAGAGGUCCGGGAGGGACUGAGUGUGGCUGGGAGCUGAGUCCGGGGGAGAAGAACCACGUACCCUCAGCCAGUCGCCCUCCCAGGCCAGCAGGGCAAGGCUGCCUCUAGGGUGGGGAGCUGAGAGUGGGGUGUCUGCAGGCCCAUGGCUGGGGUGUUAGCAACAAAGUGUCAAGCUCCCCCUUCAAGGAGAGUCCAGUCUCCAAAGCAAAGGCUCCGCUUGAGAGCCCACCUGCCCCUCCCUUCUGCCACCCCUUUCCCAUCACAUCUGAACCAGGUUCUAGGGGCCUCUCUGGCCACCUUGCUCCUCCCCACUCCGUCACUCCCUACCCGCCGACUACACUCCCAGAAUGAUGCUGGAGGGGCAGCUGGGGGUCAAGGGAGUUUGGACUAGGAAAGAGGUGCUGCUUCCUGGAAUUGUUUUCCUGGGGCCCAGGACGCCUGCCAUGCCAGUGGUUUGGGGCCUCUGGGCUCCAUUCCCCUCCAGCCCAGGAAAGGGGCCUCUCAAGUUUAGGGAUUGGGUUUCUUGGGGGGAGGGAUGCUAUCUAUGUACCCACUCCACUGGAUGGGAGAAGCUGUGGCUUGCCCCAGUCUCUGGUUCAGCGGGGAUGCAGUGGGUGGGGGUAUACCCCUCAAGCGUUAGACUGCUCCUCCCCCCAACCAAGGCCAUCCUAAGGAAAGGUCAAGGCUGGUUCAGGGACUGGCUGCCAUGGAGGACAGGUGGUGUAGACCUGGGAAGGGACUUUCCCAUCCCUCUUUCCCUCUGCCCUUGCUUCCCUUGGCCCAGCAGUUUCACUGAGCCUCCCUUUCCAAAACAGUGUGGGCCCCCCGACAUGGGCUCACCCCAACUCCAGACUAAAAGCACAAGGUCAGAAUGCAACUCAUGAGGGGAGCCAAGGAACACUGCUGUUUUGAGACAAGACCAUCUUGGUAGCUUGAGGCCUGGGUCUCAGGAGCCCCUGUAUGGUCAGCCCCUAGAAAGAAUUGGGGGGGGGGUCAGUUCUGUGCCUCAGAGCAUUCGGGGCUUGAAGCCCAGCCCCAGUCCAGCCCAGCUCACCAACAUUCAAAAGCACAAACCCCGGGGCUUGGAUGGGUUCUGCUCUGGGGAUAGAGGCCCAUGUCAGCCUGCAGCCAGGAGCCAACAGUGAGGGCUGAGGGGCCCAGGGUCAACAUAGGCCUCUGGGAGAGUCAGAAAUGCUGCUCCCUCUGCCCAGGCCUCCCCAAGAGGGAACUCAGUCCCAGGCAGCACAGGCCCUUCUGAGGAACAUUCUCACAUGAUACAUUCCAUCGGCUGCCACCUGUCUCUGCCCAGGCCCAGCCCAGGGUGAGCAGGGCCCUCGUGGAAAGGCAGGAUUGUGGAGGCCGUGGAGAUUGGCCUGACUAAGUCAUGGGCACAUUUUGCACUCACACAGGUGGUCCUCCCCAUUGGAGUUGCACUGACACCCCAUCUCCAGUCUGACUUGGGGUCCCUCUCCCCUCUUUCAGGAGGGCAUCAGCUUUCCCUGGCUCAGGGAUCUUCUCCCCCACUUCCCAGGCCAGCCCUCCCAGCUGGUGUAGCUCUGCUUCUAAGGGGCCAAGGGCCAAGGCCCUAAUAGGGAGAUUCACCACCAUGUCCCUGCCCGCCUUGUCCGCAGGCCAGAACGACUGUUCACCCAACCAGGAAGGCCCCAUCUCUCACCCUGGGACGGACUGGCCGCAUGUCUGCAUGGCAGAAGCGUCCCCCUUGGGGCUGGCCUGGGAGGGUAGUUCCUGUUCUCAGCACCUACUGGUAUUCAGUCCUAUAUAUUUUAAUAAAAUAAAGUUGACAAAGAAGAGGGAUUCUUGGUGCUUUGUCCCCACUGAAUUUUGGUCCAGGCCCUCCCACCCCUGCUACUGUAGUCAUGGCUCCUGCCCAGCACUGUCCUGGUAACUAGUAAGCAUUCCCCUCAUUGCAGCAUUUGCCAAUUUCCACGCUGGAUUUCAUGCUUCCAAUGCGAUGUCACCAAAGGGAGAGUGGGGAAUAGAUCCCACAAUUGGGCAGCCUUUCCAAGAAGCUCUAGUCCCGUAGGCUGUAUGCAGAGUUGGGGAGCAGGGUAACUCCUUGAGGUGCCAUUUGUAUUUCAUUUCCAGGUCAUAUUUCUUGCCAGUUCCAGGAAGACAUUUCUGUAUGUCCCCUCCGUUGAAAGGUGCAGGUCACAGGGAAGCAGCAGAAUUUAC